AUGGAUCCAUUGACAUCAUUCAGCCUGGCUGCCUCGAUUGUUCAAUUUGUCAACUUUGCGACAUCACUCAUUAAUCAGACAUACAAAAUCCAUGCCUCUGCGGCUGGAUCAACAGAUCGAGCCCAAGAGCUAGAGGAACAAUAUUACAUCUUGCUUCAGUUCAGCUCGAGGCUGGACAACAAAUCGUCAUUAUGCGUAUCUGGUGGACAAUUCCAUCAGGAUAUCGAGCAAGACAUAACAUCACUGGCUCAAUUGAGAAUUGUGUGUAAGGAGCAUUGUCAGACGCUACUGGACAUUGUAUCCGGGCUAAAACUGGAGAAUGGCAAUGGACGGCUGUUCCGGAGUUUUCGAAUAGCAUGCAAGGCUCUACGCAAAGAGAAACGCAUUGCGGAGCUUGAAGUCAGCUUGCAUUCACUUCAGACACAAAUGACCUUCCACUUAUGUGAUAUUGCCCGACAGGCUUAUGCGCUGGAAAUCGAUCUAUCCAAAAGGCUUGACCACCUAGCGGACAUGCUGAGCGCAAUUCAACGCGCGGUUACCGAGAAAGACCAAACCAAUAUGGCUUUGUCACUUUCAGAGGUUGAAGAUCUGAAAAAAGAAUUCGAAAAGCUUUCUAUAACAGAGACGGGCUUGUCUAGAGAUCUCCAUGUGGUGCGGAGCUUGACGUUCGAAAACCAUGUCGAUCGGUAUCAUGCCAUAACCGAAGCCCACCUCAAGACUUUUGGAUGGAUUUUCGAUCCUAAGCACACCAGGAGCGAGGGGCUUCGGCUUUCAAAGUGGCUACGGGAAGGCGAGGGUGUCUUCUGGGUUUCAGGCAAGCCUGGCUCUGGAAAGUCAACUCUCAUGAAAUUCAUCGCCGAUAAUACCCAGACACAACGAGAGCUAUCAAGGUGGGCUGACUCUCAGAGUAGGGUCGUCACAUCUAGCCACUACUUCUGGUGGACAGGAACUCGUCUACAAAAGUCCCAGGAAGGCUUGCUUCGGGUGCUGCUCUACGGUAUCUUCCGAAAGUGUCCCGAACUGAUUCAAAGCGCUUGUCGGGAGGAAUGGGAGGAAGCCAUUUCAUUUGGUCAGUUGGAUACUCAGAGUGCCCAAAUUUGGACAUACGAAAGACUCCGGGCUAUCAUUGAAUCUCUUGCCAGACAACCACCUCUUAACACGAAGUUUUGCUUUUUCAUUGAUGGCCUGGAUGAGUAUGAGGGGGAUCAUCUGGAUAUCUGCAAAAUCCUCAAAGAUUUAGCAGGUUCACCAAGCGUCAAGAUGUGUGUGUCAAGUCGACCAUGGAAUCAGUUUCAGCUGGCAUUUGGCGACAGUGACCAGAAGAUCAUGGUACACGACUUGACAAUAGACGACAUCAGAGGUUACACGAGAAGUAGACUCUCUGAGCACCCAGAAUGGAGCAUGAUAUACGGACAGCGAAGGAGCGCUCAGGCCAAGGAGCUUACAGAGCUGAUCGUACAGAGAGCCGAGGGUGUCUUUCUGUGGGUAUUCCUUGUUACUCAACUUCUCCGCGAGGGAUUGAGUAACAGCGAUAGCAUGAGAGACCUCUGUCGGCGAGUCGAGAAUUUCCCUCCAGAUCUUGAGCGCUUCUUCAUCCAAAUGCUUGAAUCCGUUGACGGAUUUUAUCAUCAAAAAAUGUCAACAGCACUACAACUGGCCCUGGUGGCGGAGAAUCCAAUGAAUCUCUCGGUCUACGCCUUUCACGAAGAAGAAUACGACAAUCCAGACUACGCUCUAGAUAUGAAGGUCAAGUGCUUCAGCGAGAUAGAGGUGAAAAAGCAGCAUCAAACUGUCGAACGCCGCCUCAAUGGAUGGUGCAAGGGUUUGCUUGAAGUCCACGGUCGUGAAGUCCAUUUUCUGCACAGGACCGUGGCUGAUUUCCUGAGAACUGGAGAAAUGGUGGAAUUUCUGAAAAAGAAGGCGCCUGCUAAUUUCGACACCAGCCUGUCUGUCUUAAAAGCCUACACAGCCUGGAUCAAGAGUGGGAACUUUCCGAAUCUCGCACGUGGAUCACAUGAGGGUGCAGAGGACCUCCAGGACGAGUUAUCUUUAGGACCAUACGAGACUACCACCAGAACACUUCAAAAGGUCUACAAUCGCUAUUAUACUGUCACUGAUUCGGAAAAUUACAACCCGAUUGAGAUACAGACACUCACAGGCGAAGCUUUGCUCGCGGCCUCGAGAAUUGAGAGGUCUCUUCGUUGUCACUCCAUCAGCCACCAAGCCAUGUUUGUCCACAUUGACGCGAUCGAUACGACUAUUCAAGAAUUGGAAAGCCAUGUCCUUAGCCCUUAUAGCAAUAGGCCGCAAGCCGUACUCAUGAAUUUCAGAACGAACAUACUCCAGAGCGCCUUGGCUUUAUAUCUAGACAGAACACUGUCGCGCGAUCCGACCUAUUUCCACGGUCUGCAAAAACCUGCACUGUCAAUACUUCUGGACGCAUUUAUUGCUCCAGAAGAUUCGCAAAGCGAUGGAUUGGAUAUUAGGAGCGAUCUUUGGCCAACAGAGAUUUGUGCGACGCUCCGAUGCCUCCUGGAAAAAGGACACGGUCCAAAUGGGAUAGAUGAGAACUCCGACACGCCAUUCAAGAAACUCUCUUCUCUCGCUUUGCCUUGGAAUGGAGGUCCUUGGAAGACUUGUACAGCACCAAUUUUCCGUCAGAGACUCUUCUCCCUAUUUCUUGGAUUUGGCGCCGACCCCAUUGUACUGAUAAAAAGAGACGGAAUCCUUUACUCAACUCCCUGGUUCGACUUUCUCAUGGCAGCUUUUCGUGUCCCGUGUGAGCCUUCGGAAGAGGAUGCGUAUCUGAGUGAGCUUGACGCAUUCCUUAAGAAGGAUGAUCUCGCAUUGCAGGUCCCAAUGCAAUCUUCAUCCACGUGUCCGCUCGAGGUAUUCUUCCUGCAGAUGUCUAAUUUCAAAGAGAGUCGCGGCUCUGAAGACGAAGAAGAAAAGGGACAGAAAGCUAAAUACAUGGAGAAGGCAGAACGGAAACGGAAAUGGAUGGGUCGCUUAUGGGAGACGACCGACAGUCCCGAGCUGUGCAUCGUCCUGCUCGACGAGCGAAGUGCAAUGACUUUCAACUGCCAUUGUUAUUUACCUGAACAAAACAUUGACAUGGAUGACAUUCACCACCACGGUGGCCGGCGACCCGCUAGGACUCCGCAAGGAGAGGUCAACGAUUUCUGCCUGCUCCCACGCCAUGAUGACCCCCGUGGUGCAUCGUCGGCACGCAAUGCAGCCGAAAGCUACGACAUCGCAGCCAAGGAGUGCCGCGAAAUGGUCAAGCGGAUCAGGGAGGAGUGCGAGCGGACGAACGAGAAAUUCACGGAUCCGGAUUUCGAUAUCGAGUCCGACUUCGAGACCAAGAACAAUUGUCUCUUUGGACUGCAUCCACCCCGCCCGCCCCCACCUCCUCCCGAUAACAUGACUGUUACCAGCAUUGCCAGAAGCAUCUCCAGCAACAGCUCACAUCCGGGGUCAGUUCAUCGCCUGGAUUGGAUCUUCAGGAAUCCCCAAUUCACUGUCAAUGGGUACUCGCACACAGAUGUUCAACAAGGAAUCGGCGGGGACUGCUGGUGGCUAGCAGCUAUCUCAACAAUUGCCCACCGGAGGGACCUCAUGGAUAGGAUCUGCGUCGCUCGAGAUGAGGAGUGUGGGGUUUAUGGAUUUGUCUUCCAGCGUGACGGAGAGUGGAUUUCCGUGAUUGUCGACGACAAUCUAUAUCUCUCUUCAGAAGACUUCCGAGAUUUGCAUCCCGAAGACUUCGACCCCGAUGGUUCAAAGGCUGCAAAAUUUAAGAUGUUGAACCAGAGAGGGUCGGAAGCGCUAUUCUUUAGUCGCUGCACUGAGGAGAACGAGACAUGGCUGCCACUGCUGGAGAAGGCUUAUGCAAAAGCUCACAACGAUUAUGAGGCAAUCGAUGGGGGCUACGUUGGAGAUGGUGUAGAGGAUAUGACCGGAGGUGUCACUACACCCAUUGCUACUAACAAAGUACUGAGAAAAGAUAGGCUGUGGAAAGAGUUGAGCGGCUCUGAUGGACAAUUUGUGUUCGGUAUAUCUGCUCAUUCGCGCUUUGGAAGGGUGGAGGCAGACUCAGGAGUGACUCUUGGCCAUGCUUACACAAUACUUCGAGCUGUAGAAGAGGAUACCGAAGACGGGAAGAGCUCGGUGCGCUUGGUCAAGAUUAGGAACCCCUGGGGUAAAAGAGAUGUCAGAGGCAGAGAAGGCGAGUGGAAUGGGAGGUGGUCGGAUGGCUCUGAGGAGUGGACGCCAUACUGGAUGGCAAAACUCGACCACAGGUUCAAGAAUGACGGGAUUUUUUGGAUGGAAUACAGUGACAUGCUCGCAACAUUCAAGUACAUAUACCGCACACGCUUGUUCGACGAGAAUUGGACGGUCAUCCAACAGUGGGCCAGCUGCAGCGUCUCGUGGGUCACGGGCUACUUACGAACGAAAUUCAUACUUGACGUCAAGAAGGCUGGUAUGGUUGUGAUUGUGUUAGCGCAAUUAGAUGAACGGUAUUUCAAAGGGUUGGAAGGCCAGUACAAAUUCAGUCUGCAUUUCAUCGUACAAAAGCAGGGAAGUCAAAUCGGGGAUUACAUCUGCCGAGUGCGCCCAGUCCCCGGAGGAGACCACCGAUCUAUCAGUUGCGAAAUAGAAAAUCUCGAAGAAGGGCAGUACGAGGUUAUACCACAGAUAACCGCGGUUCGAUUCAAGCAAGAGCAAACUGUCGAGUACUUAGUACCCCGAUAUGCGAACACGAACCCACAGAAGCUUAGGCAAGUUGGGCUACAAUACGAUCUUGCUCAUGCAAAGGGAGGCAUUCCUGAUGAAGACAUGAAAAUCGAGCAAAAGAAUCCCAAGUUGAAGAAAAAGCUUUUCAAAAAGUCACGUCAUCCCCAUAUUCGGGGAAGAUUAGUAGAGUUUGAACUUGAUGUCAUGUCGCAACAAGAGCAGACGCCUAGCGAGCGGAGUGACACCAGGUUGGAGGAGAAAGACCAGUUUGACGAGUUCCAGGAUGCAACGGAAGGCCCCACGGCUGACACCAAACCUUCAUUUGAAUGCCGAGAACACGACGGGAACGAACAUCCCAGAGAUUGCUCUAGGGAGAAGCUCGCGAUGCAAAAUGGCGAACAACAACAGGGCCAUGAGUCAGAUGGGCCCGAAAAGAGAGGGGAAAACCUUCCGACGAAUUCGAAUGAAGCUGGAACAGUAGUCGAAGAUGACAAAAACCUAAGCACCAACGAGCACUUCGAUGUACACUCCGCUGAUGAGUCUUCAGACUCUGACAGUGCAGGCAAUGAUGACCGACGGUGGAACGCUGUCUGUAUCGCUUGUCUCCGAGUCUACUCCAGAGAUCCAGAAUUGACUAUCACCCUGGUAAGCCCGGAUGACAGGCAAGGAUCGUCAAAUUUAGUCAGGGGUCAGGAGCCCGCUGGAGCAACAAUGUAG